AUGCCUGUUUCCGGAAGCAAUGGCGCGAAGCAAGCGAUCGCAGCCUCUACAUACGAUGCCGGCCUGCGAGAGCUCGGAACGCGAACGUUCACAUCCUACCUAGCCGAAUCUUUACAGAAACUGGGUAACGGGCGACCUUUCAGCGCACAGCACCUGUACGACGACAUUGUCAAUAUCCAACAAAGCUACGACCUUCACUACCCGCCCAGAGUGAAGUACAGCCCGAAUGGCAAGCCGACAACAAUUGUGCCUCAUGCACCGAUAUUCUUCAACUUGACACCUGCUAAAGCCACGAUUGAUUUGGCCCCGAUGCCAAGAGGCCACCAGCUACCUCAAGCACAAAAUGGCGCCAAUGCUACAUCAAAAGCUGCCGGUCACGAGUCUGCUGAGAGCCGCGAUGCACCAGUCAUCAGUCCUGCUGCUGUUGCCGAUAUGGUCUUUAACGAGCCCCGACUGUUGGUCUGUACCACGUUUGUGGGUGACCCUGGUCCGGAUAUGACUGGCUUUAACCAAUGGUUAGCAAACACACCCUCUUUGGCUUCCAAGGUCGCCGUCGAGGGCAUGUUUCUUGGCCCACCAACAGUCCUGCUCAUCUCCAUCCCACAGUCCUUGUGGACUGUCAUUCAAGACGCCAAGAUAUGCUUUUCCUUGGGUUAUAUCAACUCGCACAACUUGAUCAACCUGUACAACGGCCUGAUGAAAUCCACAACACCCCGCAGACUCAACAGCAGCAAUCUCAGAAAAUGCCAGGCGCCCUGCCACCACUGCUACAACAACAUCACCAACCUCAACACCAACAAUCGCCGUUGA